GUCCUAUUUAAAACAAUUUUCCAAAUGAUGUAAUCUGUUUUUUUUUUGCAAAUGGAGUAAUUUGUAUUAAAAAAUAAGAAUAUAAAACAAAAUCUAUAAAAAUUUAGAGUAUGGUUUAAGCAACAUCAUGUCAGACACUGAUUCAAUUGAACAAAAUUAGUAGGCAUGUGGCAUAUGUCUAAAUAUGAACGGAGUCAAAAAUUCAAAACUAAGUAAAGUGAAGGCUAAUGGAAGCAAACUAAAAUGCAGCAGCAUUGGGUGCACUCGACCUCAGGACGUAGGGGGUGAAGCAAAUACUUCAAGCGGCGAAACUCCCAAACGAACUAUAAUAACCACUUUUAUAUUCUUGCGCCGGGAUUGUAAUCAGUGGCGGAUCCAGGAAAUAUACUUGUUGGGGGCAUACGUAAAGGUUAGAGCGAGCGAUUUUCAUAAAAAGGAUAUAUGGAAUGUUAGAAUAAUUAUACUUGAGAAUCAAAUGUCUAUAAUAGAACAUAAUGAGGAGUAAUAGUUAUACACCAUAAGUAUUUGUAUACUAGCGCAAAAAAUGAGCGGGUGAGGAGGAAACCCGAACUCAAUCCCAUUCUCACUUCAGGCCUUCAGCCAUGUAAUCCAGUCUAUAGAUCUCAACCUAUAUAUGUAGCGCGGAAACUCUCGAGAAAGAGCAUGUUUCCGUUUUCGGAAACUCUACUUAAACUCUCCAAAUAAGCGUUUUUUGAGCAAAAAGUUGACGUUUCUCAUUUCCCAUUUUCUCAUGAUUUUUGCAUAUCCCGGUAACAUAGAUCUCAACCUUACAAACAACCAAGUUGAAGUACAACAUAAUUCAGACUCAUCAAUUUGAUAAUAAGUACUCCGUAUUUUAUAUAACUAUAUUAAG